CCCUGAGCUCCGAACGUCUGUUGUGCCUGUGCCGUUGUUCUCCUCCUCGUGACGUGGUGCCCCGCCCGGCGCGCGCGGUGCUCCUGCUGUUCCCCAUCUCGGCGACCAGACGGAGGCGUCGCGCAGGGCGGGUCUGUCCAACGCGUUGUCCGGCCCGCCGCUCUGCGAGGGCAUCGUUCACAUUGGGGGGCAGCUGGUGGGCAAUGCCUGCGGCACGAUCGCGCUGGUCCACACGGUGGCCAACCUUUGCAGGCACGGCGGUGAGGCCGCGGAGGCUGGCUCGUGGCUGGAGAAGUUCCUGGAUGCUUACAGCCCGGGCAUGUCGAGCGACGACCUCGGCAAGAUGCUCGAGGAGGACGAGGCGAUCGAGAGGGCCCAUGCAGAGGCGGAGAAGGCGAGCGAGGCAAAGCACGACCGCGCAGCCAACAGGAACCUUCAUUUCAUCGCCUUCGUCGACAUCCGAGGCCAGGUUGUGGAGCUGGACGGGCGCAACGACAGGCCCGUCGCCCGCGGCGGCGUCGCCGAGUGGGGCGGGGACUUCCUGCGCGCGGCCUGCGCCAUGAUCCGGGCCCACUACAUGGACGUGUCCCCGGAGGCCCUGCGCUUCCACAUGAUGGCCGUCUGCACCGCCGGCGGCGGCGCCGGCCCGGGCGGCCCUGAGGCCGCGGGGCCCGCCGCGCAGGAGGAGGCGCUGGCGCAGCUGGCGGCCUUCGGCUUCGGCCGCGAGGAGGCGGCCGCUGCACUGGAGGCUGCCGCGGGCGACGUGGAGGCGGCCGCCAACACAUGCUGCUGGGCUGAGGGCCAGCCGCCGGCGGAGGCCUCCUGCAGGCCGCCCGCGGGCGGCGCGGCGGGUCGCCCGCGUGCUGCUGAGCGGACGGCGCACGGCCGGCGGCGGCCGGCCGCCGACGAGACGUGAGCGCACGGCUGGCCUGGCCCGGGCGAAGGA